UUUUUCAUCCCUUAAAACAGGCUUAAGUUUCCCUUCGUUACACGUUUAGAGUUUACUAAAUAAGUACAUGUCUCUAAAUAUUGCUGCUUUUAUGUGAGGCAGUUUCGGACUCAUUGCCAGAGCGGUUGCUUUCAGUGUUCUUUUAAUAGACUCGUCGGAAUUUUGCUUACAAGCUUAUGGGAACGAAUCUUGCCUAUGUAUUCUUGCCUAUUGGGACAGCUCUUUGCUGAGUUACGGUUAUACAGUUCAUGUCGUCUUUCUAUGGAUCUGAUUUUGGAGAUACCAAGCGAUGCUGUCUGUCGUAAGGAAAGCUGAUUGCCACAAGUCCAAAAUGUUGCUCCUCGCACAAGUGGUUUUUCUCCUUUUGUUUCUAGAAAUAGGUCUAACCCUCAAAGCCGACUGCGGCAGGGAAGGAAACGCGAUUGAAGAUACAAACCAUGCCAUUUGGGUCUUUGAUUUCCCGCCAAAUUCAACGGUAACUGUGCGAUUUGUUAUCACAAAUCACGUGACUGACAUAGGCUUCUGUGAUGCAACGGGUUCCUGCUUUCCAGCUAGGAAUAUUUUCCAGCUGUCUAGACCCAAUGCCACGUCACAGAUGGUCGUUGUGAAGGUGGAGAGGGAUGGCACCAAUAUAGUCGGGACCUGGAGGUUCACCGUGGGGUCAGACAGCGCUGAGUGCAGAGUAAAUGCCGUUGUCUAUCCACCAGAUGUGCAAUUCGUGAGCGUUGUCUUCGAUGAGUACAAAAAGUUCAUCAACGGAACCCUGCUGGUAUCAAAGGUGUACCCAGAAACCGCUUUCAAAUGUGAAUUCUAUGAGAAAAUCCAGGAUCGGAAGUAUGUUGAAAUCUCGUCUGCCUACGUCAGUGUGACACAAAAUGUCUACACCAGUAACAUGAGAGACUACUACAGUUUUAGAUGUGUGCUUUCAAAGUUACUUCCAGAAGAAGAGGGAUCCUAUAAAUACAAAGUUUCUGUUUCUCCACUAACGAGGGAGAUUGAAGUGAACGGAACUUUUCAAAUUAGGAAACCAGCCAAACCCACUCUACAAAACUGUAUCAGCACCUUCAUAGACUUCCAGGAUGCACAAAAGAAGGAUGCUGACCUGUGCACGUGCGUCGUAAGCGACCCCGGAGCGCCACCUGGCGAUGUGAAGUUUCUGAGCCCCGAUGGCAAGGUCCUGCCUAUUCCGCAGACGUCCAAGAACUCCAGCACUCUGAAAGCCUCGUUUGUCCCGUGGAAUACUACGGAGCAAGACUACACGUGCAUCGUUCACCAUCACACGGGCGACGUUACAGAGACGUAUCAGCCAAAGAUUGCCUUUGGACCUCGGUUUGUGGCAUUUCCCGACUAUGCAAGUCAUAAAGAGACCACGCCGUUUGUGUAUAAUCGAGAUCAGGAGUAUCAACUUCAUUUGCAAGUCAAGGGAGUUAAUCCGAUCCCUAUCAUAACUUGUGAUGGCAAACCAUCAGCAACAGUAGAAACUAAGCUGGAGCCCUCAGGAAUGUUUAACUUCCAGAAAAUAUUUACUAUUAUUCCAAAACCAGAAGACAACGGACGAGUAAUCAACUGUACCGUGGUGAACCCUUCUGCUUCUUCAGUCCCAAAGGAAGUGGUUUCCACAAAACUGUACAUCCAGUUCGCACCUCAAGGACCUCCGGAAAUUGAUUACAACAACAAAAAGGCCUACUAUGCUGGCGAUAAGCUAAUUAUGACCUGCACGGUAAACGGCGGCAACCCUCUCGUUGAUCGUGUAAACUUUGGGUGUGGUGAGCGAGAAAUCCCCAACAAAGGUUCGAACUCUAGACACCCCACCAGCGUCAGCCAGACCUUAACCCUUGAACUGACCAACGAAGACCACGGGCUGCAGUGCCAGUGUUCGGCAACCCACUUGACCGACACCUACAGCCUCACAAAAACAAUUGUUCUGGACGUGAAAGAUGGCACACCCCAAGGCUCAGUCCAGUCUUGCAGUACGACUCGACCAUCCAUUAUUCUACUCAUUUUAUGUCUUUUUCCCAAAAUCAUUUUGGUAAGUGAUGAGAUCAAUGUUUAGCUCUUGACUUUGUCAUUCACCUCUUAAAUCAGGAAAACCUUACAAAAGCAAAAAUUGUCAAAAAAACCCACCAAAAAACAAACCCCUGUGAAGUUGUGUCAACUAUGACAAUAUUUUAUAACUAUCUGUUGCUGAAGAUGUUUUUUAAUUUUAAUUUGUCCAUGGUAAAGUAGCUAUAGUUAUAGACUUGUGCUGUUCUUUUUAUACAACUUUCAAGAGAUGUGAGAUUACUUGUUUAUGUAUUGCUGUAUCUUCUUGUUUAUAUAAUAAUACCAAAUAUAGCCAUUAUUUGAAUUUUGUAUAGCACAUUACAGUGAAGUUGUUGAAAAACGACACCGAUGGUUGACUAUACAACAAAGAAAAAGAAAGCUGAUGAACGACUGAUAAAAACAGAAUUUGUUAGAUGGCCUGGACGAAGAAGUGGCAAUGAAGGAGUGAAUGGAAGAGUUCUCUGAAUUGUGAAUGAUUUCUUUUCUUUUUUUUAUUUUAUUUUCUUAAAAGAUGGAGCUCAACCAGUUAGACAGUUUAGUUGGCGGAGGAGGGGUGCAGCAUGGUCUGCUUUUCGCCGAUAUUUUCUUGAGUCCUGUACUAGUGUCCUGUAAGUGGUUUGGGACAAUGACGAGUGGAGAGUUGCAAUAAUCCAAAUGACAUGCGAAUGAAGAUAGAAACUUUUUGAUAGCGGCAACUGGCAGGAAGGGUCAGAUGUGACUGAUCCUGCAAAGGUCAUGAAAGAUGGAUUUGCAGACUGUAUAUAAUGUGAGAUUCAGAAGACAGUGACGUGUCCACUAUAACACCAAGAUUUCGUAGGUCUGGGGAGGAGAGUUUUCUCUCUCUAUAUAUAAAAUCACCAUUUUCAUGUUAAUUUUGUUGAUAAAUAUGUGUGUACAGUGGUCAGUGGUACAGACCUGCUGGUGCUAAGAAUCGAAGCCAGCUGAUAUUAAACUGCUUCUUUUCUUGACACCCACAAUCUAGAGUCCAGACACAGGCACUAUAUGUUGGCCCUGUUUUGGUUUAGUGGCCAGUGGCCAGUGACUGUAAUGACAACAAAUUCCACCCACAGUCACAUCCCAACUAAAACCGUGUGAUCGUGGCGUGAGGGCCCCGCACAUGACUUUUGCCUCGGGCCCCGCGGGGGCUAAGAACGGGCCUGAUCCUAGAGUUCUGAAGUUUUCAACAAAUGUGAUAUUAAAUCAUUUCCAUCAGUAGAGAAGAAUGAUGACCACUCUUUUGUUCAAAUUAAAAGUGGAGAUUGUCUCAUGAACUUAUUGUGGUUGAGGAAUAAAAUGUUAAAGGUCA